AGUGAGCACUGAAUGAGUACGGCUUACUGCUUGCCGUUGUCAGUAUCUCUGCAAUCAACAGUGAGCGUGUAUCUUUGCGAAUGCGUACUAAUCGAACAGGUUCGUUUGCUGGCGUUUUUCUGGCGUUUGUUUAUAACAAAAGAACGUCUCGUCACGAACGGUACGGACGGAUUGUCUGAUUGAUUCAAUCAAACGUCGUUGUUUUCUCUACAACUGCCAACGUUAUUUGUUUUCUUGUUUUUGUAUGUCUGUCUAAGGGCAUUGUUUUUUACCUGGUAUAGCGCCGGUUAUAAAUGAAAAAAGCUUGUGAUCCAAGCUUCUAAAUCUGUGAAAUGUUAUAAAACAUAUGAUUUAGAUUUUUCUCCGCUCCGAAAAAUUGCAAACUCAUCACAAUGUCAUGGAAAUAUUUCUAGAAAAAGGAAAACAAACAACAAAUUCUGAAUGUGCAACAAAAAAUUGAAAAUGAAAACAAAUAUUUAAAAUAAUCAAACAAAUGAUAAAUAAUUAUACAAGUAUUGUAUGAUUUAACAAAACAACCGAAUACCUCCUGCAGUGAUAGUGUUAUAAAAGCAAAAUACUUAUUUAAUAAAUAUAGAAAAUAAAAUAAAAGAAAAAAUACAACACAAAAGUGCAAAUCAUUGAAAACAAGUUUUUGUUUAAAGCAUAAUUAAUGUAACAAAAAUAAAAAGGAAUUCUUAAAAUUUAAUAUCGCGACCAAAUAAAAUUAAGUGCUACAAAGAUUUUGAAAAUAGAAAAAAUUAAAAAUUCACCCAAGUGUUUUAAUUGCAUCGCAUCUUCAAGAUGAGUUCUUUUAUAAUGGGCUACCAUCCUCAUGCACCACAUCAUGUCCAAAGUUCCAUGGGCAUGAACAAUGGAUUAGAUCCGAAAUUCCCUCCGGUUGCCGAUGAUUAUCACCAAUACAAUAGCCAUUAUUCGAUGACUGCUUCAACUGGACAUAUGGUUCCGGGUAAUGGUGGUGCGGUCUGUAUGCCUCCGACACAUCCCCAUGCCACCCACCCGGCGGAUAUGGUCAGUGAUUAUAUGGCUGCGGCGGCUCAUCACCAUGCCGCCAGCACUCAUCCACAUCAUCCGCCGCCACAUUCCCAUGCCCAUACAAACAAUGGUCUAACGGGUCAUCAUCAAAAUUCUGCCUAUUCCAAUUAUGCCUCAACAGCACCCACAACACAUCAUCCGCACCCGCAUCAUGGUCAUCAUCAAAAUCUUGGUUAUUAUGGUCACCAUGCAGCGGCGGCUGCUGCGGCAGUCGGUGUCCAUCAUACCCCGGACUAUUUAACAUCCGCCGGUGGACUACACUCUGAUCCGUCGGUUACGUCAUUGGGCUCAUCGAAUCUCUAUGCACCUGCCAUUACAUCUCCCAGUGGAGGAGCUGGCAAUGGUGGCACUACAAUUACCUCAAGUGGUUACUACAAUAGUUAUUAUGGUACAAAUGGCAGUGUGGGUAGUACCCAUUCUCAAGGUCAUUCGCCACAUUCCCAGAUGAUGGAUAUGCCCCUGCAAUGUUCUUCAACCGAACCGCCCAGUAAUACAGCGCUGGGAUUACAAGAGUUAGGUUUAAAAUUGGAAAAACGCAUCGAAGAAGCCGUACCUGCUGGACAACAAUUACAAGAAUUGGGUAUGCGUUUACGUUGCGAUGAUGAUGGCUCGGAAAAUGACGAUAUGUUAGAAGAAGAUCGUUUGAUGUUGGAUCGUUCUCCGGAUGAACUUUGUUCGCCGGGUCUUGAUGAUGAUCUGGGCGAUGAUGAUAGCGACGACGAUAUGAUGUUGGCUGAAACAACAGAUGGCGAAAGAAUAAUCUAUCCAUGGAUGAAGAAAAUUCAUGUAGCCGGUGUUGCAAAUGGCUCAUAUCAACCCGGAAUGGAACCGAAACGACAACGAACCGCCUACACCCGUCACCAAAUACUCGAAUUGGAAAAAGAGUUCCACUAUAAUCGUUAUUUAACACGCCGGCGACGCAUUGAAAUUGCCCACACGUUAGUGUUGUCCGAAAGACAAAUUAAGAUUUGGUUCCAGAAUCGACGUAUGAAAUGGAAAAAGGAUAAUAAAUUACCCAACACCAAGAACGUACGCAAAAAGGUCGAUGCUAAUGGCAAUCCAAUAGCACCAGUUGCAAAGAAACCAAAGAGAGUUAGUGCCAAGAAGCAGGCGCAACAACAACAACAGCAGCAACAACAAACACAAAAUUCACAACAGCAACAACAACAGCCUGUGAUAAAUGAGUGUUUGCGUACGGACAGUAUGGAAAGUAUGGGCGAUGUAAAUACAUCAUUAAAUAAUCCUCCAUAUAUACCAGCUGCUGGUGAUAGUGCAAAUUUAAUGAACCCCCAACAAACAAAUGCAUGUAACUCAUACAACAACAACAACAAUGGAUCUCAGACGGCACAAAGUCAACAUGCCAACAAUGGUGGCAAUGUCAACAGCAUGGGAAAUGGUAAUCCCAAUGGCAACCGCAAUCACAAUAUUAACAAUGGCAACAACAACAAUCUGCAUCUAAAUAACAACAAUAAUGCGACCAAUAAUAGCAACAACGCGGGAAUGCAAUCCAACAUGCAUUCACAUCAGACGCAUAUGCCACAACAGCAACAACAACAACAACAUCAUACACAGGAUAUGAUGAUCAAUUUGCAGCACAUAAAACAGGACUAUGAUUUGACCACUCUGUAGAAUUGAAUAUUGUAUAUGAUAAACAAUCGAAUUAUAGGUUAAAUAAAUGGAAGAGAAAGAAAUAUAUUUUUGCACUGGCUUUGAUUGUGAUUCUACGGAAUCAAUGUCUUUACAAAAAUAUAGGCAUUCAAUACAAAUCCGAUAUUUUUAAAAUGAACACUUGGAAAGAAACCCGUUCAUCGUAUCUGAAUGUAUGUGGAAUUUCUCUCCCUACAAAAUGAUAUUUAAGUACCUCAAGCUUUGUACAUGUUUUCUCAAAAUGAAGA